AUGGCGCUCGUAGACUAUAGCUCAGAAUCUGAUUCCGACUCUCGCAAGAGGCCCUCCUUGACUCCCCCACCACCCCCAAAGAGAGCAAAGAAGCUUCCGUCUCUGCCAGCCACAUUCGACACGGCGCCCAAAGAUGAUCCAUCAUUGCAUCAAGGACGAACUCGCUCUCGGCCCUUCGUGGACGGAGAGUACAAUACCCAUGUCUAUCUAUCUCUUGCCAUCCCGCCUCUUCUCCUGUCAACACUCAAAGAACUUCUUUCUUCCUUCCCUUCCGCAACAAAUCCACUUCAUCCCCUUCUCCCAGAUCUGCACAUAUCCCUCACCCGCCCUCUACCACUCCGUCGUCAUCAGACCAAGUCUUUCACCGACGAUUUAAAGGUCAAAUUCGCCAAGGAGGUCCCAGCUUUCAGACUCAGUCUAGCGGGUAGAGUCAAAGAGUACUUUAGUGAAGUUCAUGUGGAAAAUGGGCAAGGAAGAGGGUUCUUGGCCUUGAGGGUUGGGGCUGGGGCCGCAGAGCUCAAAAAGGUGGUUGACAAGACACUAGAUCCGCUACUCAAGAUAUCACACCUCCCUACAUAUCACAAGAAUCCCGAAUUUCAUACUUCUUUUGCUUGGACUUUACUCGGGCAGGAGGAGACCAUGGUUCUUGGUGACGCACUCGACGAAGAGGUCGAGCGGCCCGCCGAGAAGUGUCUAAUUUCCCAAGAAUUACUUGACAAGAUCAACGACAGAUUUGAGGAAAGAUUAUUGGCAGCCCAACCUACAGGCGGCUGGCUCAUAGACUCUGUAGAGCUCAAGAUAUCGAAAGACAUCACCACGAUACCUCUGGGUAUGCCAUAA